UUGAAAAAUGUGUUCUAAGUAUAGAAAAAAUGAGAAACCACAUAGUACUUUUGAUUGUGAUAAAUGCAUCAUGGCUGGCUUCUGCUAAAAUAAUUAGAGUUGAGUGUCCAUCCUAUUGCAUCUGUGAAUAUUACUCAAACUUAAAAAAAGCAACAUGUGUAAACAGGACCAUAGUGGUAGCAGAUUUGGACCUACCGUCUCAAACCCAAAUUUUGGACGUUUCUUACAAUCAAAUAAGCGAACUAAAUGAGAAUGUUUUCAUUAAAAAUAAAUUAAUGCAACUGCAGCUGCUCAAUAUGUCCCACAACAGAAUUGGAGAAAUCAACAUUUUCGCUUUCAAGGGGCUCAAACGACUCAAAGUUUUAGAUCUUUCUUACAACUCGGUCCAACGAAUCCACUCUCAAUGGUUCAAUGAUCUUAGUAAAUUAGAACACCUUUUUCUGAGAGGCAAUCAUUUUGGAGAUACAUCUAGAUUGCAAGACUAUUCUUUCAAUUCUGAAAAACUCAAGGUAUUGGAUCUUAGCAAAUCAUAUAUUACAUUUUUGAAGAGUGAAAUAUUCAAUUUACCUCAAUUGAACCAUUUAGAUUUAACUGGUAAUCAACUAAUUACCUUGAAUCAAGAUAUAUUAAGUCAACUGAAAAGUCUAAAGGUACUCAAGAUUAAAGAUAAUUUCUUAACUUGCAAUGAAGAGAUGUUAAUUUUGAAAAAAUUGCUUAAUUCGAGGAAUAUUCAAUAUGAUGAUGACCCAUGUAAGCAACAAAAAUCUAAAUUCGAAAGAAUAAUAAUGAAACCUGCAACAACAGCAUACAACGAUAAUAGUUACUGGAUUAUUGACGAUAAAGGUGAAACAGAGAAAGAUGACCCUGUAGAAAAAAUCCCAUGUCAAACAUUCCAAAAAGAAAACUCAAUGGUAAACCUCUCUGAAUUACCUUACAGCCUCUUCAUAAUUACCGUUUUAUUUUAUGGAAUUUUGAUUGGACUUGUAUGUGGCUGCAGUGUAAAGUCCUGUAAAAUGAGGCAUAAAAUGAGACAUUACAGAGGAAAAUGCACAGUUCAUUUGAAAAAGAUCAAAUACCUGGAAAAUGAAACCCAACUACUCACAUCGAACGAAAUAGUAUUGGGAAAUUCUACACCAGUUUUUAUAAGAAAAUAAAUCGCAAUUUUCAUUAUAAAAUAUUUUCCACGUGAAUUAUUCAUGUGAGAUUGAAGAAACCAAAGAAUAGAUUUUAACUCUUAAUCUUGUGUAUUUGAACUUUGAAAUUAUACCAUUCUUGUCAAUAAAUUAUUAUGAAUCAAAAAAUGUUUUCAAUCUGGGUUUUAUUUUGUGCCUUAACAUUUCCAUUUCAUCUCUUCAAGAGUGCAAUCCUACAAAUAUUUUGUUUUUAUUGUAAUAAACUGUUGAAAUUAUA